UACAAAAUUAUGUGGGAAUUAAUUUGAGCAGCAGGGGAAGAAUCAAGUAGUGAGAUGGAUCAAUCGUUGUAUACGGCUCGUCGUCAACGCGUAACCCAGGCACAGGCGAGGCCGCGGAGGCAGAUGCAGCAACACGCGGAUGGGCAGUGGCGGUGGAGGCCCGGGCUGUGCCUACGUCGGUUCAGGCUCCGGUGGCUCCGCCGCGCCGUGUGGCGGCUCGCGGAGCUCUGCGUCGUGGCGCUGUCUGGCCCGCUCGUGGCCAGGGUAGCGGCGGCGCCCGACACGCCAGCGCCGUGGAGGGGCGGCGCCGUCGCCGUCGACCCCUACGCCUUCGCCGCGCUUUUCGUCCCGGCCGUGCUGCUAAAGCGCACGGGAAAAGGCUACUAAUUACACAACGCCUAAGCACAUAUACGUGACAGUUUAU